UAAACUCCAGGAAUCCAAGUCGUCCGCCUCCCAGUUCUGUAAACACAGGUGGAAUUACUGAAAUUAUGGCUGAGGGUGGAGAGUUGGAAUUUGUAAAAAGAAUUAUCCAUGAUAGCCUGCAGCUGAAAAAAAGACUAAGGUGGUACAGCUGCAUGUUGGGAAAGAAAUGUAGCUUGGCUCCUUUAAAAGAAGAACUUCGACACCAACAGGUCCCGAAAGUCACCCACACUGAAUUCUGUCAAGGACGAACCAUGAGGUGGGCUUUGGCAUGGAGUUUUUAUGAGGAUGUAAUUAUGCCAGUAAGUAUUGCUUUCAGAGAGACUUAAUCAGCCCUUGCUCUUCAAUUACAAUUUAAUAUACAAUGCAAGAUGACAACUUAGAUUAAAAUAUUUCAAUGAUCAUACUUAAUUUGUUUUGUGGAAUUUAAAUAUGUACAGUGCAAAAUAGAAUAUUGUAUUACCAUGCUCUUCUAAACUCCAGCUUUACUGAGGAUGCUGACCUGUAAAAUUAAUGCAUAUUUAAACAUUAAAAUGUUUAUACAAUGUAA